UUUGUUUUUCCCUUCCUUUCCUCUUCUCCUGAAAUCGUGGGUAACAGAGCUGGUAUUUUGAAACGAUUAUUGUCCACUGGUUCAAUUUCUCUUCAGAGUUCCGUUCUGCUCUUGCCAUUGCCGCCACAACAGCUAGUACUGAACGGGCUGAUGCUGCUGCUGAAAACCCGCCUUCAACGACCCUUUUUAUAUCCAGGCUUAAUAAAAGAACCACCUCAGAGAAACUUCAUGACGCAUUCUCUAAAUUUGGUGAAGUUGUUCAUGGUGGUUCGCAGUCGCUGCAGAAUGGUGCGUUGAGCCUUGAAUACACUCAAAAUUGUGGUUCACCAUCAAGAGUUGGAGGAAGAUGCCAUGGAAUCAACUUCUCCUUGUUGGGAUUAGGCCCAACGCCCUUUUAGGGCCACAUACAGCAGGCCCAGCUACGCACCCACAGGCUCAAGAGGAGGAGACAUACCCACGAGGCCGUCCUCCAAGAAAUGAAAUGGACGAACAGGAGGACGCUCACGUAUCUGAGCCCGGCCUGAAUGACUUUAGACCAAUGCCAAGAAACCUUUUUGUAGGGGGAGCCGAACAGGACCACCUAAGUGAGACAGAUGAUGAAAGAACACCGACUGGGUAUGCAACCCAGCCUGAACAGUUCCAAGUUCCAACAGGAACAAGACAAAGAUCUGCCAGACCGUACAAUUCACAGCGUGAACGACCUGAAAGGUCAACAGAACCUGCUCAGACGACCGAGCUCGAAGAGAGAACUAGAGUUCUCGAAAUGGCAAUGGGUAAAAUCCUUGCCCGUUUAAUUCCUGAUGACCCCUUGAUUCCCUUGCUGAACAGAGAUGCACAACCAGCUGCGGUUGUUGCUACUCGAAACUCCCCUGCUCUAAGUAACAUCGUGGUGCCGACCAGGCCAAGAGGAAGUGGGAAGCUGAACAACGAGCCUAGCUCGUCCAAACACAGCGAAGAACUAUUGAGGAAGAAUGCAGACCUCGAAAGGCAACUAAGGGAUGUACAAAAAUCCAUAGACGAGCUGAAAAGUCCCAGGUCACACCAGCAGACCCUUGAUUUGGACAGCGCUCCUCUAAACCUAUCCAUCACAGCAGAACCGUAUCAAGAGGGAUUCAAAAUUCCCCACCUGGAGACAUAUGAUGGCUCAGGUGACCCUGAUGAACAUUUGCAUACCUAUCAAGCCAUCAUGAGAAUACAAAAUGCCAAUGAUGCCAUGAUGUGCAAAGUGUUCCCAGCGACACUGAAAUCAACAGCCAGAAGAUGGGAGAUCAAACGCACAGCGACCGAGCUGAUGCAAGUUAAUCAAAAGGAAGGAGAAUCUCUGAGAGACUACAUGCAGCGAUUCAAUAAAGCCACUCUGGACAUUGACAAUGUCCUAGACACCAUCUGUCUGUCUGCAUUGUUGCAUGGCUUGAAGCGUGGUCGGUUCCUAAACGACCUGCUAGAGAACCCACCUAGGACUUGGAACGAAGUAAAUGACAGGUCGGCGAGCUUCAUAUUGUCCGAAGAUUUUCAAUCUUCUAAGAGACGAGCUGAUGACAGGCACGGAAAAGAACCCAAGCAAUCUGAAAACAGAGAUGACAAGAAGAAACAGAAGGUUGGCGAGCAGAGAGGGAAACCACCCUCUUAUCCAAAAUAUGACAGCUAUAUACCCCUAAGCUCGUCACGAUCCCAGAUAUUGUCGCAGAUACAGCAUUGGGUCAAGAGACCCCCUCCACAAACGCAUGAUUCUUCACGAGCUGACAGAAGCAAAUACUGCGACUAUCACCGUGUCUACGGCCAUAACACAGAAGACUGUCAGAGUCUAAAGGACGAGCUCGAAUUCUUGGCUCGCAAUGGAAAAUUAGAGGGGUAUAUACAGAAGCCUUUUGUUCGGCAACCCACCCAGACCCACUUUGUACAAGAGUACGGCCGACCUCAAGCAACUGGAUAUCAGCUCGGGGGCCAUACUGCCCGGGCUCGCAAAGCAUACGCUCGUCAGGUGAUGACGGUCAACAAAAACAGGCCUUUGAAGCGGCCGUUCGAGGAGGCGGAAUGGGAGAAUGUAGCUAUCACAUUCAGUCCGGUAGAUUAUAAGCGAGCAGACGGAGAGCCCGACGUUAUGAUGCCCCACGCAGAUCCAUUUGUCGCAACAGUCCACAUAGGCAACCAUAACGUCAACAAGCCUGUCCCGGUAGAAGGAGUUAUCACCCUUCCGAUCUACGUAGGCUCAGAACCACUGUUUAGGAUGGCUUCUGUUACCUUCCUGGUCGUCAAAAUGGAGUCCGCUUUUAAUGCUAUACUGGGAAGAGCCACCCUUUGCGAGCUGAAGGCUGUUAUCUCACAACCCCAUCUCUGCAUGAAAUUCCCAAUGCCCCAGGGGGUAGGUGUGCUGAAGGGGAAUCAGAAGAUGGCAAGGGCAUGUUACCAAGAUACAUUUAAGAAAGUUGAGCUCGCUGAAGCCCCGAGCGUCUCUGAGAGUAGAAGGCCGACUCGGCCCGGCCAACAAAUAAUGAGCAUAUCGGACAUUAAGCACAGACCUGAGGGUGUCGAGCAGAAAGCAGAGCUAGUAGAGGCAGUAGAUACCGUUCCUUUAAACCCUAAUGUGCCAGAAAGAACAGUCAAGAUCGGCACUAGGCUCACAAAAGAAGAGCGAACAGAACUCCUGGAAUUUUUGAGGGUCAAUCAAGAUGUGUUCGCGUGGACUACAGAUGAAAUGCCUGGCAUCCCAGCAGAAUUGACAGUCCACAAGCUCAGCACGGACCCCACCAGAAGGCCGGUGGUUCAAAAACGCCGCCUUUUUGGCCCUGAGAAGCAAGCUGCCAUUGACGAAGAGAUACAAAAGUUGUUACAGGCAGGCUUCAUCAGAAGAGUGGAGUACUCUGAAUGGGUGUCCAACCCUGUGCUCGUCAAAAAGCCAAAUGGCAAAUGGAGGAUGUGUAUUGAUUUCACCAACCUCAAUGAUGCGUGCCCAAAAGACCCUCACCCCUUGCCAAAUGUUGAGAAGCUAGUAGAGCGAGCAGCCGGGCAUGAGCGGAUGAGUUUCCUUGACGCUAGCUCAGGAUAUCACCAGGUUCAGUUACUGCUAGAUGACCAGGAAAAAACAGCUUUCUAUGCUGGUGAUGCGAUCUACUGCUACGUCAUGAUGCCCUUUGGGUUGAAAAACGCUGGCGCUACAUAUCAGAAGCUAGUACAAAUCAUCUUCAAGCUGCAGAUUGGCAGGAACAUAGAAGUGUAUGUGGAUGACAUGAUAGUCACCAGUGCACGAGCUGAGGAUCAUAUAGACGACUUGAAUGAGACCUUUGAAAACUUACGCCGAGCCCAGAUGAAGCUGAAUCCCCUGAAGUGCACGUUCGCUGUAGAAUUAGGAAAAUUCCUAGGGUACGUUGUAUCCAAGAAAGGAAUUGAAGUGAACCCGGAAAAGGUCCUGGCCGUUCAACAGAUGGAGCCUCCCAAAACUGUAAAGGACGUGCAGCGCCUGACAGGUCGUGUUGCUGCGCUACACAGGUUUAUAGCCAGGUCGGUAGAAAGAUGCCUUCCAUUCUUCAAGGUCCUGCGAGAGCCCAAGAACUUUCAGUGGACUGAUAUCUGUCAGCGAGCCUUUGACGAGCUCAAAAGAUACCUAGCGUCAGCACCCCUGCUGUCCAAGCCUGUGGAAGGGGAGAGUUUGUAUCUGUAUUUGGGGAUUACAGCAGAGGCGAUUAGCUCGAUCUUACUCAAGGAAGAGAAUAAGAAUCAGAAGCCUAUCUGUUAUGUGAGCAAGGUCUUACAAGGCGCCGAGCAGAACUAUCCACUGGCAGAAAAGGCUGCUUUUGCCUUAGUUUACACGGCUCGUAAGUUGAGAGCUUACUUCCAAUCGCAUCAGAUUGUUGUCUAUACCGAUUUGUCGUUGAGAAAAAUACUGCAGAAACCUGAACUCUCUGGUCGGCUCAUUGGCUGGAGCGUCGAGCUGAGUGAAUAUGACCUCACAUUUCAGCCGCGCACAACCAUAAAAGGGCAGGCCAUUGCAGACUUUCUGGUGGAGUGCAUCUCGGCAAAUACAGAAGAAAACGCACCCGAACAACCAAUCUGGGUUUUGUAUGUUGAUGGAGUUGCGAACGAUGAAGGAGCGGGUGCAGGUGCUGUGCUAGUGGGCCCAGAUGGUUUUCAGUCUGAGCAUGCAUUGAGGUUUAAGUUUCAGGCAACUAACAAUGCUGCAGAAUAUGAAGCCCUCAUUUAUGGGUUGAAGCUGGCAUCCGAGCUGAAGGUACAGAACAUCCAAGUCUUCAGCGACUCUCAGCUCGUAGUAGGCCAGGUAAAAGGCAGUUGUGAAAUCAGGGAUCCUCAACUCAGUCGUUAUGCCUCUGUGGUCAACAGGUUGAAGUCGACAUUUGUCCUUUUCCGAAUUGAUAAAAUACCAAGAACAGAUAACCACCGAGCUGACGAGCUGUCAAAGUUGGCCUCCUCCCAGGAUAUUAACCCUCGGAGAUCAACAAUUGUUGAGAUACUCGACGCACCGAGCUACACUGAUUCAACAGUCGAGUGUCAACUGUUAAGUAUAGAUCCCUCUACACCGAGCUGGACCACCCCGCUCAUAAAUUAUCUACAAAGUGGCCAGCUACCUGAAGAUCAGUCUGCUGCAAGAUUGGUUAAACGCAGGGCGGCACAUUUCACUUUGUUAGAUAACCAGCUCUACAAACGAGCAGCCUCAAUGCCCCUAUUACGCUACCUUACUCCUUACGAAGCUGAAUACGCAGUGAGGGAAGUUCAUGAAGGAGACGCGCUGAACUAUGUUAAAAAAUGUCCGACCUGCCAGUUUAAUGCUGAUGAUAUACACAUGCCAGGGGAAAUGCUAUCAUCUCUUACGUCUCCCUGGCCCUUUGCUCAGUGGGGUGUCGACCUGCUUGGCCCUUGCGUCAAAGGCAAAGGAGGCUGCACUUUCCUGGUCGUUGCAGUGGAUUACUUCACUAAAUGGAUAGAAGCUAAACCAUUAUCCACAACAACAGAAAGGAAAAUAGAAGAAUUCUUGUUCAAUUCAAUAUUGUGCAGGUUCGGCGUACCUAAGCGGAUUGUCGCCGAUAAUGGUCCACAGUUCCGAGCAGCAGCACUAAGAUCGUUCUGCAGCGACUAUGGCAUUGAGCUCUCCUUGACGUCUGUGUAUACUCCGCAAUCAAACGGGCAGGCUGAGUCUGCCAAUAAGAUCGUCUUGCGAGGUCUUAAGGCGCGUGUUAUAGCCACGCGUUCUAAUUGGGUUGACGAGCUCAAUAAAGUACUUUGGUCAUGUCGGACGACACCCAGCUCGGCCACAGGCAAAACCCCAUUCAGCCUGGCAUAUGGAGCUGAGGCCGUUAUCCCCGUCGAAGUCGGGUUGCCCUCUGAUAGAGCGGGUCGGCACGACGAUGGUAAUAAUGAGCAACUAUUAAGGGAGAACUUGGACCUCGUGGAAGAGGUCAGGGAGAUGUCUAGAAUGAGAAAUAUGGCGCACCAGAGUCAGGUGGCAAAAUUUUAUAAUAAGAGAGUUCGCGCCCGCCAGUUUCAAGUCGGCGAUUUGGUCCUACGCAAAGCAGGGCUAACCAACGCUCAUUCGCACAUGGGCAAGCUCGCUCUUAAUUGGGAAGGUCCUUAUAUAGUUGUUCGUGUUAAACGACCUGGGUGUUACCAAUUAGCAGAUAUACAAGGUCGUCCAAUACCAUUCAUUUGGAACAUACAUAACCUUAGAAAGUUUUAUAGUUAGCAUGUAUGUCACAAAUGCUCAGGUCGUUAUGGGUCAUUUGUAGAUGAUGAUUUACAGAAAAUUCAAUACAGAAAUUUCCAAAGU